AUGUUAGAUGGCAAUUCCCAGGUGGUCCUGGGGGACUCCCAUCCGGGGAAUCACUCUCAGUCGCACCUAGAGUCGGCCUUCCGUCCCCGCCCCCAACAUGCCUUCUGCAGCGAUGCUGAGGGCUGGGGCCCCCUCGGUCCGCGUGGAUUUCACCUUACUCCAUGCUUCGUCGAUGCGAUCGUGGCCGCAACAGCCGUUUGGGGUGCGCUGGCUGGCGCCGGUGCGUUGUGGCUCUUGCUGAAGAAGCGCAUCCCCCAACCCGUCUCGAAGAACUGGCACUUUUAUGCCAAGCUGGUCGUUAUCGCGUCGUUGAUUUUCGUCACUGCCCUGCAGGCCGCUUUGCAAGCCGAAACCCAACCGAAAACCUUUUUUGCUGAUUUCCGGUUCUGGUCUACGAUCCUCACUUUGGCCUCGCAGGGUGUAAUCUUUGCAGUGCAAUACUACGAGCAUUGGCGAAGCCGCCAGCCCAACGGUGUCGUCCUCUUCUACUGGCUAUUUUUCCUUAUCGCCAAUGCCGUCAAGCUCCACUCGCUCGUCGAUCGCAAGGACUAUGUGGACCAGGUUCUAUUCUUUGUCUGCGUCAACAUCAGCCUGGGACUGGGAUUGCUGGAAUUCGUUCUGGAAUAUUUCGUUCCGAAGAAGCAGAGCGCUUAUGACGCCCUGGGCGAUGAAGACGAAUGUCCCUACAACUAUGCCGAUAUCUUCUCGGUCCUUACUUUCAGCUGGAUGACGCCCAUGAUGAAGUUUGGUUAUCAGAACUAUCUCACUCAGGACGAUUUGUGGAAUCUGCGUCGUCGCGAUACCACCCGUUCCACACUCGAUGACCUGAGCCAGGCAUGGGAGCAGGAGCUCGAAAAGAAGAAGCCGUCCUUGUGGAUUGCCCUCUUCAAGGCCUUUGGCGGACCAUACCUUCGUGGUUCGAUCAUCAAAUCGGGAAGCGAUAUCCUCGCUUUUGUUCAGCCGCAGCUGCUGCGCUACCUUAUCGCCUUCAUCGACUCAUACCGUUCUCCGGACCCGCAGCCUGUGAUCAGGGGUGUUGUCAUUGCUUUGGCCAUGUUUGUCGUGUCGGUGUGCCAGACCAGCUGUCUUCAUCAGUAUUUCCAGCGCGCCUUCGAUACCGGAAUGCGCGUGAAGUCGUCUUUAACUGCUCUGAUCUACUCCAAGGCACUCCGCCUUUCUUGCGAGGGCCGUUUGUCGAAGACCACUGGAGAUAUUGUCAACCAUAUGGCUGUCGACCAGCAACGUCUUUCUGAUCUGACUCAAUUUGGCACGCAGCUCUUAUCUGCUCCGUUCCAGAUCACUCUCUGCAUGGUAUCUCUCUACCAGCUCCUGGGCCCUAGUAUGUUCGCCGGUGUGGGUGUCAUGAUUCUUAUGAUUCCUCUUAACGGCGUCAUCGCCCGCAUGAUGAAGAAGCUCCAGAUCACUCAGAUGAAAAACAAAGACUCGCGUACGCGUCUGAUGACCGAGAUUCUGAACAACAUCAAGAGCAUCAAGCUCUAUGCUUGGAACACAGCAUUCAUGAAUAAGCUCAGUCAUAUCAGAAACGAUCUUGAACUGAACACGCUCCGGAAAAUCGGUGCGACGCAGUCCAUCGCGAACUUCACCUGGCAAUCUACUCCGUUCCUUGUCUCCUGCUCGACCUUCACUGUCUUCGUCUUGACUAGCGACAAGCCCCUGACGACCGAAAUCGUUUUCCCUGCCUUAACUCUCUUCAACCUACUCACAUUCCCUCUGUCGAUCCUUCCCAUGGUUAUUACCUCUGUCAUUGAAUCAUCCGUGGCUGUGAAACGCCUGAUGGAAUACUUUACGGCAGAGGAACUGCAAACCGAAUCUGUGGUUUUCCAGGACCCCGUGGAACACGUCGGCGACGAGUCCGUACGCGUUCGUGAUGCCUCAUGGACCUGGAACCGUUACACUGGAGUCCCUGUUCUCGAGAAUAUCGACCUGAGCGCCCGCAAGGGAGAGCUGAGCUGCAUUGUUGGCCGUGUUGGUUCUGGCAAGUCUUCUCUACUCCAGGCACUUCUCGGCGAACUCUGGAAGAACCAUGGUGAAGUUGUUAUGCGGGGCCGUGUCGCAUAUGUCGCUCAGGCACCUUGGGUAAUGAACGCCAGUGUUCGUGAGAACAUUGUUUUUGGUCACCGAUGGGACCCUGACUUCUACGAUCUCACAGUUGAAGCCUGCGCUCUUCUCGACGACUUCAAGAUAAUGCCUGACGGAGAUCAGACUGAAGUUGGAGAGCGUGGUAUUUCCCUGUCCGGAGGACAAAAGGCACGUUUGACUCUUGCCAGAGCAGUGUACGCUCGUGCGGAUGUCUACCUUCUUGACGACGUUCUCUCGGCCGUCGACCAGCAUGUCGGACGCCAUAUCAUAAACAAGGUUCUUGGCAGCUCUGGUAUCCUGAGCGGCAAAACCAGGAUCCUUGCCACCAAUGCUAUCACAGUUCUCAAGGAGGCCGACUUCAUCGGUCUUUUGCGUGACAAGACCAUCAUUGAGAAGGGCACAUACGAACAACUAAUGGCAAUGAAGGGCGAGAUCUUCAACCUUGUCAAGACAAACCUGGCUGACUCGGACGACGAGCGCUCUGAGGAAUCUGACGAUGGCCUAGCCAGCCCCGGUAACUCUGAUUCCACCGCUGUGAUUGGAAACGAUGAGGAUACCGAUAGCGAAGAGCUAGAGCAGCCAGGAUCCCUUGUGCCCAUUAAGAGUGGACGCAGCCCUCAGCGGAAGACUAGCCAUGUCACUUUGCGCCGAGCUAGCACUGCGACCUGGCAGGGUCCUCGUCGUAAGUUGGGAGACGAAGAGAAUAUGCUGAAGAGCAAACAGACCCAGGAAAGCACACAGCAGGGUAAAGUCAAGUGGAGCGUCUACGGAGAAUACGCCAAAAACAGCAAUAUUGGAGCAGUCACCUUCUACCUGCUCGCCCUUGUGGCUGCGCAGACUGCUCAAGUGCUUGGCAACUUCUGGCUCAAGAGCUGGACUGAACACAACGAGGAGAAUGGCUCUAACGACAGUGUUGGAAAGUUCAUCGGUAUCUACCUCGCAUUCGGACUGGGUUCUUCGCUCCUAGUCAUCAUGCAGAAUCUGAUUCUUUGGAUCUUCUGCUCUAUUGAGGCAUCGCGUAAACUCCACGAGCGGAUGGCCUUCGCCAUUUUCCGUUCUCCCAUGAACUUCUUCGAGACUACGCCUUCUGGUCGUAUCCUGAACAGAUUCUCCAGCGAUAUUUACCGUGUUGAUGAGGUCCUUGCCCGUACCUUCAAUAUGCUGUUUGCCAACUCUGCUCGUGCUAUUUUCACCAUGGUUGUCAUUGGAACCGCGACACCUGCUUUCCUGUUCUUUGUUAUUCCCCUUCUCUGGGUCUAUCUCAGCUACCAGAAGUACUACUUGCGAACCUCUCGUGAGUUGAAACGGCUGGACAGUGUCACCCGCAGUCCCAUCUAUGCCCAUUUCCAGGAAUCUCUCGGUGGUAUCUCGACUAUUCGUGCAUACCGACAAGAGAACCGGUUUGCCCUCGAGAACGAGUGGCGCAUGGAUGCCAAUCUGCGCGCCUACUUCCCGUCUAUCAGCGCGAACCGCUGGCUUGCGGUGAGGUUGGAAUUCAUCGGUUCUGUUAUCAUUCUGGCAUCCGCGGGACUUGCCAUUGUCUCUGUUUCGACUGGCAGCGGUCUGUCAGCGGGUAUGGCUGGUCUGGCCAUGUCCUAUGCCCUUCAAAUCACCCAGUCCCUGAACUGGAUUGUUCGCCAGACUGUCGAGGUCGAGACCAACAUUGUGUCCGUUGAGCGAGUGCUCGAGUAUGCCAACCUUCCCAGCGAGGCGCCUGAGGUCAUCUUCAAGCGUCGUCCUGCCAUCGGCUGGCCUGCCCAGGGGGCCGUUUCCUUCAAGAACUACAGCACUCGUUACCGUGAGGGUCUCGACUUGGUGUUGAAGGAUAUCAACCUCGACAUCAAGCCCCAUGAGAAGAUCGGUGUCGUGGGUCGGACUGGUGCUGGAAAGAGUUCUCUUACUUUGGCUCUUUUCCGAAUCAUCGAGGCCGCCAAUGGCAAUAUUAGCAUUGAUGGACUCGAUGUGUCUACCAUCGGCCUGUUCGACCUCCGUGGUCGUCUGGCUAUUAUUCCUCAGGACCCUGCAAUGUUUGAGGGUACUCUGCGUGACAACCUGGACCCUCGCCACGUUCACGAUGACACUGAGCUUUGGAGCGUCCUAGACCACGCUAAACUCAAGGAACACGUCGCCGCGAUGGACUGUCAACUCGACGCCCAGGUUCAAGAAGGUGGCUCGAACCUGAGCCAGGGCCAGCGUCAGCUGGUCUCGCUCGCCCGUGCCUUGCUGACACCCAGCAACAUCCUGGUACUGGACGAGGCAACCGCGGCCGUGGACGUGGAGACAGACGCACUGCUCCAGCGCACUCUGCGCAGCAGCAUCUUCCAGGAUCGUACUAUUAUCACCAUUGCGCACCGGAUCAACACGAUCAUCGACUCCGAUCGCAUUGUGGUCCUGGAUAAGGGUCGGGUCGCGGAAUUCGACACUCCAGCUGAGCUGAUCAAGAGUGGCGGACGCUUCUACGAGCUCGCCAAGGAGGCAGGUCUGCUGGACGGCGACGGUCUCGCCAGCUCCUCGCAAUAA